AAGAGCGGAGCGUGACCUCUCUAAUGAGUCACGUGGGCCAACCUGGGGCUGGGACGGAAGGAGUAGAAGAACUUCUUCCGGGUCACUGGCGAUAGUCUCAACCUGGGGCGGGAACUUCUUUUCCCUUUCCUGUAACUUAAGGGCUGCACCAACUUAUGGUGCUUGUGUUUUGGUGAUGAGUUCCCAGAAAGGCAACGUGACUCGGUCCCGGCCUCAGAAGCACCAGAAUACGUUCACCUUCAAAAAUGACAAGUUUGAUAAGAGUGUUCAGACCAAGCCUUCAAAAGACAAGCUAGAGGCCAAACUACAAAACAUUAUCCUGUGAGAACAUUUCAGAUUCAAGCUGUAAUUGGUGAGUAUGAGUUCUAGGUCAAGGAGUUGAUUGCAUUUCAGGUGUGUCCAGACCAUGGAGUCACAUGUGGCCCAACACAAAAAUGCAAACUUACUUAAAAUCUGACUCUCUCCCCUUGAUUUUGUGUGUGACUCAAGUAUGAUUCCAGAGCAUGGAGUUUGUAGGUGGCAUCAUGUCUUAAUGUCAAAGGAUUGGGCAUUUCUGAUAGUUUAAUCUGAAAAUGAAACCAAAUGAAAAGGAUCAGCUAAGAAUAUUACUCCAUGAAGUCUUUUGAAAACAGGACUCCCUUAUUGUCUUUGAGGAUGAGUUCCUGACUCAGAAGUAAUUAACUAAAUGACUAAAGGUCUGGAGUAUGUGAAAGGUUUUUCCCCCUGGUAAUCAUUCCAGAACAAGAAUACAGGCAGAUAUUUAUGUUUAUUGCCAAAGUGGAGACAAUACAUUGUCUGAAAACAAAGCACAGGGAUGAAGGCCUCUGUUGCUUACGUGGCCCUCCGGGGUGUAUUUGGGUAUAUUUACUGGCUGAGUGAUGAUCAUGAGAAAAGUGCUUGAACGCCCAUGGUCGUCUUUGUGGGCUCAUCUGUUCUGUAUGUGCUUGGUAAGUUUGUGAAAAUGUCCAUCUCAAACCUGACCUAGUGCUAAGCCUUCAUAGAUGUAUUCUACGCCUUCAUCUUACUAAGAUGUUCACUGUGUCCAUUUGCUACUCACUCAGUUAUGCUUUUCCUGGUUCAUCCUGCAUGGAAUAGCUCUCCUUCCCUGUCACAUGUGCUGCCCUCACCAUGCCUGUGAUGCAUGUCUUGUUAGUUAUUAGGGCACAUAUCUUGGCAUCUUUCUUUUCCUCACACAUAUACACAAAUGCUGUCUAUUGCUCUUCUGACAGGGAGUCAAGCAUUAAGAAAAAGAGCUCAUUGUAAAUAAUAUGUACUAAAGGAGUAGCCCUAUGAGGUGGCAUCAAAGAAUGGAAACAUGGACUUAUUUUCACCGAUUAUGUUCUAUGUGAAUCUGUUUGUAUGUUGAGCCACUAUUAUGUGCCACAUAUUGACAAUAAUGAACAGGGUUUGUAUCCUCCUUUCUACUAUCAGUCUAGUAACUAAAAUUAAAAGUAGAAAAAUUAUGUGUACAAUGUUUUUAUUUAGUAAACAUCUAUUGGAAGUAUAACUUACAUAUAUAAAAGUAUGUAGAGCAUGAUGCAGUGUAGUGUGUUUUUAUAAGUAAGGUCAUGUAACUUCCUAGAACCCAACUCUCCUAUUUAGCAUCAGCCCCUUUUCUUAAAUGUAUCCAUUAAGGAAGUAUGAAGUAAACUUUGAAUCAUAACUUGGGAAACAUCCAGAAAUAGUGUUAGUGGAUGUGGAGUAGCAUCCUGAUGGAUCUGCACUGGUCAUGUGUACAUUGUAGCUUCAAAUGAUCCUCCUUUGGCCAAAAGGAAUGAGUGUGACUUGAUUUUCCAACAGUGACCAAUUUGUUCCUUUUUAAACCUGGUCUUCCCUACAGCUUUGGAGGUAGACACAUAAUUGCAGUCCUAACUCUCUUGUAAUUAAUUUAUCUACAUCUUUAGGAUGUAAAAUGACAAUUCAAAAACUUAUGGUACAUAUUUCUUGUUUAUUCUAGUUGGAACAAUUAGGCUUGCAUUGAAUAUUUACUAUAAGUAUUCAAUUGUCAUUUUGGAACAAAGUUGUAUAUUUUUUGUUUGGAUGGAGUCGUUUUAUUAAUAGGAAGAACUCUUGUAGAUGAUAGAGCUGUUUGUGUAUUUUAAAUUAUGCAGAAUCAGCAGAAUUCUAUUAUAUAUUUAUAUUACUCAAACCCCACUUUGAAGGUCAUUUGAUAUUGUAGGUCAUUUACAACAUCAUGGGUUUGAAAUUCCAAGCUAAGCUAGGGAUUAAUUUAAAUGUUUUGUUGUUCUAUGAAGAUAUUUAUAUCAUUAAAUGCUUAGCCCUUUUCUACCAGGUGGCUGACUUGUUUGUCUUGAAGUUACUCAUAUCACUGAAGUCAUCAAUCUGAGUAAUAUAGCUGACAUCAUGGUAUAUACUUGUGUGGUGAAUGUUUAGUAUACCGUCAUGAGCUUUUAUCACAAGAUUCUGUAGUAGUAUGAUCUAAAGUUUUUAUAAACUGAAUGACAUGAUCAUACUGUUACAUCAUAUGGGGUAAGUUACCUUCUCUUAUAAAAGGGAAUAUUGCAAUUAUUUUUAUAUAUGGACAGAUAUUUGAUCCUCGUAUAAUCAGCUGUUCCUGGGACAUGUAAACAAAAUCCUAGCUUAUUGUGAUUUCUAACUCUUAGUUUAAGGUUUCCUUCAAGAUAUGUUUAGAAAGGCUUGCUUUUUGCUAUCCAGAAACAGUUUUUAAUUGAUGUUUCUAAUUCAAAAUGGCUGACUAAAAAUACUUCCACUCCCAAAAUUUCAGUGAAGUGACAAAAGAAAGUUGAAACCUUAGACAAUUGAAGAAAAUCUUCUAGCAAAGAACACUAUGGAGAGCACCACAAGGAUAGGCACCGGCAUGAAGCUAGAGACAGUGUGCGCUGUGAUUGGCAAGAACCAAACAGACUGAAUACUGGAAAACCAAAUGUAUACUUGAUUGAGACUGCUUUAGCAGAGGUAGUGUUUUUUGCCAAGGGCUACAUCAUUCAAGUUGCUUUUAUAUAGUUUAAAUGUAGAGACCUUUCUUUAUAAUACAUAGACUAAGCAGAAAAACAAAAACAAAGUCCUGCUUUAUAAUAAAAAAAUUAAGAAAUUUAUAAGGCCUAAAGUAGAGAGUCAACUCCUAAAUUUACAACUUUGUAAUAUAAUAUGGUUAGAAGUCAAGGUUUUUCUAGUCAAUUUUUAAAUAAUGCAAAAACCAAGUCAGAACAGCUGUCUGGUGUGGGAGAAUGUCAUGAAAGAGGAAGACAGAGCAGGUCCUGAUGGUGCCUGUACCGUGAAGCAGCAUGAGUCCUGUACACAGUGAUCUCUAAGCUGUUUUUACCGACUUGAUCAAAGGCAGGCAUUAUAAAAUGGGAAUCGCUUCCAGGGCAGUAGUGGUUCUCAGAUCUGAGUCGUGCGUGCAGUACUACCCAGUACACCUGUCUGUAGUGCCACAGGUCAGCCUUUCCACUUCCAGCCAGCACGGUCACCAUGUACCUUCCAAGAACCUGAACUGUUCUCUGAGGACUUGAACAUUAAUUUCUGUUUAUUUAAAGUAGCUGGUGGCUACUGCAUUACACAGAGCAGAUCUAGACUUGCACACAGAGGUCGAGCAGAUUACUCAUCAGUACUACACAUUUUAGGAAAACUCCAACCAUGAGUUGCAUGACUGAGGACUUUACCUCUUGUGCCCAGGUAAAGGAACUCUACAAAAGCAAGUUAAGAUAUGCUUGAUAUGAGCAGCUCUCUGCUCCCAGACCCGGUGAGAGAGAGACCCAACCGCCUGGUCAGGUGGGCACUCCUGAGGCUGCAGAGCGGAAGAGACCACCAACUCUGCUCACCCCUGCCCACAUCCCUGGCCCAAGAGGAAACUGUAUAAGGCCUCUGGGCUCCCGUGGGGGAGGGCCCAGGAGCGGCAGGACCCCUGCCUGAGACACCACCGGAACCUGAAAGAAACAGACCGGAUAAACAGUUCUCUGCACCCAAAUCCCGUGGGAGGGAGAGCUAAACCUUCAGAGAGGCAGACAAGCCUGGGAAACCAGAAGAGACUGCUCCCUGCACACACAUCUCGGACGCCAGAGGAAAAAGCCAAAGACCAUCUGGAACCCUGGUGCACUGAAGCUCCCGGAAGGGGCGGCACAGGUCUUCCUGGUUGCUGCCCCUGCAGAGAGCCCGUGGGCAGCACCCCACGAGCGAACCUGAGCCUCGGGACCACAGGUAAGACCAAAUUUUCUGCUGCAAGAAAGCUGCCUGGUGAGCUUGGGACACACGGAAGCAGAAUUUCUCUAGUACCUGGCACGUUCUGUGUUUACCGGAAGUCCCACACCCACGGAUCCCGGCCCGCAGCAGCUCUCUGCUCCCAGACCCAGUGAGAGAGAGACCCAACCGCCUGGUCAGGUGGGCACUCCUGAGGCUGCAGAGCGGAAGAGACCACCAACUCUGCUCACCCCUGCCCACAUCCCUGGCCCAAGAGGAAACUGUAUAAGGCCUCUGGGCUCCCGUGGGGGAGGGCCCAGGAGCGGCAGGACCCCUGCCUGAGACACCGCCAAAACCUGAAGGAAACAGACUGGAUAAACAGUUCUCUGCACCCAAAUCCCGUGGGAGGGAGAGCUAAACCUUCAGAGAGGCAGACAAGCCUGGGAAACCAGAAGAGACUGCUCCCUGCACACACAUCUCGGACACCAGAGGAAAAAGCCAAAGACCAUCUGGAACCCUGGUGCACUGAAGCUCCCGGAAGGGGCGGCACAGGUCUUCCUGGUUGCUGCCGCUGCAGAGAGCCCGUGGGCAGCACCCCACGAGCGAACUUGAGCCUCAGGACCACAGGUAAGACCAAAUUUUCUGCUGCAAGAAAGCUGCCUGGUGAACUCAAGACACAGGCCCACAGGAACAGCUGAAGACCUGUAGAGAGGAAAAACUACACGCCCGAAAGCAGAACACUCUGUCCCCAUAACUGACUGAAAGAGAGGAAAACAGGUCUACAGCACUCCUGACACACAGGCUUAUAGGAAAGUCUAGCCACUGUCAGAAAUAGCAGAACAAAGUAACACUAGAGAUAAUCUGAUGGCGAGAGGCAAGCGCAGGAACCCAAGCAACAGAAACCAAGACUACAUGGCACCAUCGGAGCCCAAUUCUCCCAUCAAAACAAACAUGGAAUAUCCAAACACACCAGAAAAGCAAGAUCUAUUUUCAAAAUCAUAUUUGAUCAUGAUGCUGGAGGACUUCAAGAAAGACAUGAAGAACUCCCUUAGAGAACAAGUAGAAGCCUACAGAGAGGAAUCGCAAAAAUGCCUGAAAGAAUCGCAAAAAUCCCUGAAAGAAUUCCAGGAAAACAUAAAUAAACAAGUAGAAGCCCAUAGAGAGGAGACACAAAAAUCCCUGAAAGAAUUCCAGGAAAACAUAAAUAAGCAAGUAGAAGCCCAUAGAGAGGAGACACAAAAAAAGACUUCAAGAAAGACAUGAACACACUUAGGGAAGCACAGGAAAACAUUAAUAAACAAGUAAAAGCCUACAGAGAGGAAUCGCAAAAAUCCCUGAAAGAAUUCCAGGAAAACACAAUCAAACAGUUGAAGGAAUUAAAAAUGGAAAUAGAAGCAAUCAAGAAAGAACACAUGGAAACAACCCUGGAUAUAGAAAACCAAAAGAAGAGACAAGGAGCUGUAGAUACAAGCUUCACCAACAGAAUACAAGAGAUGGAAGAGAGAAUCUCAGGAGCAGAAGAUUCCAUAGAAAUCAUUGACUCAACUGUCAAAGAUAAUGUAAAGCGGAAAAAGCUACUGGUCCAAAACAUACAGCAAAUCCAGGACUCAAUGAGAAGAUCAAAGCUAAGGAUAAUAGGUAUAGAAGAGAGUGAAGACUCCCAGCUCAAAGGACCAGUAAAUAUCUUCAACAAAAUCAUAGAAGAAAACUUCCCUAACCUAAAAAAAGAGAUACCCAUAGACAUACAAGAAGCCUACAGAACUCCAAAUAGAUUGGACCAGAAAAGAAACACCUCCCGUCACAUAAUUGUCAAAACACCAAACGCACAAAAUAAAGAAAGAAUAUUAAAAGCGGUAAGGGAAAAAGGUCAAGUAACAUAUAAAGGGAGACCUAUCAGAAUCACACCAGACUUCUCGCCAGAAACUAUGAAGGCCAGAAGAUCCUGGACUGAUGUCAUACGGACCCUAAGAGAACACAAAUGCCAGCCCAGGUUACUGUAUCCAGCAAAACUCUCAAUUAACAUUGAUGGAGAAACCAAGAUAUUCCAUGACAAAACCAAAUUUACACAAUAUCUUUCUACAAAUCCAGCACUACAAAGGAUAAUAAAUGGUAAAGCCCAACAUAAGGAGGCAAGCUAUACCCUAGAAGAAGCAAGAAACUAAUCGUCUUGGCAACAAAACAAAGAGAAUGAAAGCACACAAACAUAACCUCACAUCCAAAUAUGAAUAUAAAGGGAAGCAAUAAUCACUAUUCCUUAAUAUCUCUCAAUAUCAAUGGCCUCAACUCCCCGAUAAAAAGACAUAGAUUAACAAACUGGAUACGCAACGAGGACCCUGCAUUCUGCUGCCUACAGGAAACACACCUCAGAGACAAAGACAGACACUACCUCAGAGUGAAAGGCUGGAAAACAACUUUCCAAGCAAAUGGUCAGAAAAAGCAAGCUGGAGUAGCCAUUCUAAUAUCAAAUAAAAUCAAUUUCCAACUAAAAGUCAUCAAAAAAGAUAAGGAAGGACACUUCAUAUUCAUCAAAGGAAAAAUCCACCAAGAUGAACUCUCAAUCCUAAAUAUCUAUGCCCCACAUACAAGGGCACCUACAUAUGUAAAAGAAACCUUACUAAAGCUCAAAACACACAUUGCACCUCACACAAUAAUAGUGGGAGAUUUCAACACACCACUCUCAUCAAUGGACAGAUCAUGGAAACAGAAAUUAAACAGUGAUGUCGACAGACUAAGAGAAGUCAUGAGCCAAAUGGACUUAACGGAUAUUUAUAGAACAUUCUAUCCUAAAGCAAAAGGAUAUACCUUCUUCUCAGCUCCUCAUGGUACUUUCUCCAAAAUUGACCAUAUAAUUGGUCAAAAAACGGGCCUCAACAGGAACAGAAAGAUAGAAAUAAUCCCAUGCGUGCUAUCGGACCACCACGGCCUAAAACUGGUCUUCAAUAACAAUAAGGGAAGAAUGCCCACAUAUACGUGGAAAUUGAACAAUGCUCUACUCAAUGAUAACCUGGUCAAGGAAGAAAUAAAGAAAGAAAUUAAAAACUUUUUAGAAUUUAAUGAAAAUGAAGAUACAACAUACCCAAACUUAUGGGACACAAUGAAAGCUGUGCUAAGAGGAAAACUCAUAGCGCUGAGUGCCUGCAGAAAGAAACAGGAAAGAGCAUAUGUCAGCAGCUUGACAGCACACCUAAAAGCUCUAGAACAAAAAGAAGCAAAUACACCCAGGAGGAGUAGAAGGCAGGAAAUAAUCAAACUCAGAGCUGAAAUCAACCAAGUAGAAACAAAAAGGACCAUAGAAAGAAUCAACAGAACCAAAAGUUGGUUCAUUGAGAAAAUCAACAAGAUAGAUAAACCCUUAGCCAGACUAACGAGAGGACACAGAGAGUGCGUCCAAAUUAACAAAAUCAGAAAUGAAAAGGGAGACAUAACUACAGAUUCAGAGGAAAUUCAAAAAAUCAUCAGAUCUUACUAUAAAAACCUAUAUUCAAGAAAACUUGAAAAUCUUCAGGAAAUGGACAAUUUCCUACACAGAUACCAGGUAUCGAAGUUAAAUCAGGAACAGAUAAACCAGUUAAACAACCCCAUAACUCCUAAGGAAAUAGAAGCAGUCAUUAAAGGUCUCCCAACCAAAAAGAGCCCAGGUCCAGACGGGUUUAGUGCAGAAUUCUCUCAAACCUUCAUAGAAGACCUCAUACCAAUAUUAUCCAAACUAUUCCACAAAAUUGAAACAGAUGGAGCACUACCGAAUUCCUUCUACGAAGCCACAAUUACUCUUAUACCUAAACCACACAAAGACACAACAAAGAAAGAGAACUUCAGACCAAUUUCCCUUAUGAAUAUCGACGCAAAAAUACUCAAUAAAAUUCUGGCAAACCGAAUUCAAGAGCACAUCAAAACAAUCAUCCACCAUGAUCAAGUAGGAUUCAUCCCAGGCAUGCAGGGAUGAUUUAAUAUACGGAAAACCAUCAACGUGAUCCAUUAUAUAAACAAACUGAAAGAACAAAACCACAUGAUCAUUUCAUUAGAUGCUGAGAAAGCAUUUGACAAAAUUCAACACCCCUUCAUGAUAAAAGUCCUGGAAAGAAUAGGAAUUCAAGGCCCAUACCUAAACAUAGUAAAAGCCAUAUACAGCAAACCAGUUGCUAACAUUAAACUAAAUGGAGAGAAACUUGAAGCAAUCCCACUAAAAUCAGGGACUAGACAAGGCUGCCCACUCUCUCCCUACUUAUUCAAUAUAGUUCUUGAAGUUCUAGCCAGAGCAAUCAGACAACAAAAGGAGAUCAAGGGGAUACAGAUCGGAAAAGAAGAGGUCAAAAUAUCACUAUUUGCAGAUGACAUGAUAGUAUAUUUAAGUGAUCCCAAAAGUUCCACCAGAGAACUACUAAAGCUGAUAAACAACUUCAGCAAAGUGGCUGGGUAUAAAAUUAACUCAAAUAAA